AUGGUACUAGAAAACAUCCUAUGCAUGAAUACUGGAAACAGUGAUACAAAAGAACUACCAAUUCUAACGCAUUCAAUAAAGGCCAUUGCUAAUAAUCAUGAUACUGUUUUUGGGCAGUGUUUUAGAAUAGCAGAUUUGGGAUGUUCCUCUAGCAAAAAUACACUAUUGGUUGUACAUAACAUUAUCAAUAUAGUGCAUCAAAUGUGUGAAGAAAAGAAUCUUAAAGCACCACAGUUUCAAGUGAGCUUAAAUGACCUCUUUGGAAAUGAUUUUAAUACCCUUUUCAAAAUGUUGCCGGAUUUUUAUACAGUGAUUAACAACGAGAAAGACGAAAGUUUUGGCCCUUGCUUUGUUUCGGCUAUUCCGGGUUCAUUCUAUGGUAGACUCUUUCCGGACCAAAGUUUGCACCUCGUUCACUCCUCAUAUUCCAUUCAUUGGCUUUCUCAGAUACCUGAAGGCAUUGAAAACAACGGAUCAAAUAUAUACAUCACAAAAACAAGUCCUCCGAAUGUGCUUCAAGCAUACAGAAAGCAAUUUCAUAGCGAUUUCACAAAGUUUCUACAAAUGCGUUCUGAGGAAAUAGUACCUGGUGGAGGCAUGGUUUUAACAUGUAUUGGUCGAAGUAUCGUUGAUCCUACAAGUGAAGAUAGUUGCACUCUCUUUGAGCUAUUAGCGCAAUCACUUGUUGACAUGGUCAAAGAGGGGAUGGUUCGAGAAUCAGAUAUUAGCCCCAUCCAUUUGCCAAUAUAUCAUCCAUGCCAGGAGGAAGUUAGGAAUGUUAUUCAAAACGAGGGAUCAUUCUCUCUUGAUAACCUGGUUGUUUUUCGAUUAAAUUGGGAUCCAAAUGACAAUGAUUUCAUUAAUACAAAUGAUGUUAAUAAUGAGACCAGCCAACGUCAUGGCGAAAAUGCAUCAAAGAUUCUGAGAGCUGUGACAGAACCGUUGUUAACUUGUCGUUUAAAAAAGUCCAUUAUCGACGAGGUAUAUAAAAGGUAUGGAAAGCUUUUGGCCAAACAUCUAGCUCAAAAGAAAACAAGACAUUUCAAUUUGUCGAUUUCAUUGACCAAAAAGUGAACAAAAU